UUGUUGUGAGUUGUGACUUUACAUAUUUUAAUAUUUUAAUAUAAUUACAGUUGUUUUAUUAAAUUUCUGAACCUAAUGCCCUUUAAAACCCUGCCAUUUGGCAUUUAUUUAUAUUUAUAUUAUUAAAUAAUUUUGAAGUAGAAUGGCCAAAUGUAGAGCAUGUCUUGUGAAAAGUGAAAAUGUAGUAUUAUUUGACGAAAUCAGUAUAUUAACUUUUAAUAUUUUAACAAAUUUAGCUGUAAGAGAAGAUGAUGGUCUCCCGCAACAUUUUUGCAGUUUAUGCUAUAAUAAUAUAUAUAGUUUUGGUCAAUUUCGGGAAAGAUGUAUUUCUGCGGAUGCUGUACUAAAGAGUAAAAUAUCAUGUGAAAUAGAGGUGAAAUCAGAAAAUACAUAUGUUACCGAUAUCAAAAUUGAGAACGAAAUAUUUAAUGAUGAUAACAAUUUAUAUUGUGAGGAAGAAUAUUUAGAGGGUGAAGACGAAAGUGAAAUUGCUAUUCAAAUUAUAAAAAAUGAACAUGAGACUGAUAAAGAAACAAAAACAAACAGGAGACAAAAAGUAUGUCCAAAAAGCAAGGAAAUUAAUGUAGAAGUGAAAAAUAAUAACUGUGAAAGAGAAACAAGGAAGAAAACAUAUAACUAUGGUAAAAAGGAGAAUAAAAAGGAAAAAAAAUUGCAGUUUGGUUGUGGUUUAUGUUCAAAAAUAUUUGAAAAUAAAGACAAAUAUGAGGAGCAUGUAUUGUAUCAUAAAAAAUAUAACAGAUGUUCUCUAUGCUUCCUAAACUUUAAAGAUUGGUGGCAAACAUUGACCCAUAGGGCAGUGCAUGCAGAAGAUGGAAAAUGUUGUUUUAUUUGUAAGAAAAAGAAGAAAAGUAUUGCGUCCUUAGAAUAUCACUAUAGAAAGGUGCAUUCGGGUGAUGAGAAUGUACAAUUGGAGUGCAGUAUAUGCUUUAAAAAAUUUGGAGAUCCCAGAAAACUAAAUAAACAUCAUUCACGAUCACACUCAAAUAAAAAGUUUAUCUGUGAUUACUGCCAAAAAGUAUUUUCUCACAGGAGAUCUAUAGAAAUUCACUUGAAAACGCAUAACAACGAAAAAUUCGCUCGAUGUAAACAAUGCGAUUAUGCUUCCACCACAUUGUCAAAUCUUCAGAGUCAUAUUUUACGUAAACAUACGGCUGAAAGAGUGUACUGUAAUUUAUGCUCAAAAUGGUUCAAGAAUCAGAAAUCUUUGGACUCCCAUAAAUGCCGAGGGCCACUGCUAAAAGUCUGUCCUGUGUGUGGAAAGAAGCAAAAAUGCUUAACCAGUCAUAUGAGAACUCAUUCUACGGUGGCGAAAUUUAAAUGCAAUAAGUGUCCCGCUGCGUAUAAAAGUAAAACUUCUUUAAGAGAUCAUCUCGAUAAACAUGCGGGAACUCCUAGAAAACAAUGUGAGUUUUGUCUGAAGGCCUUCUAUAGCGGUGCGGUGCUCAUUAAACAUCGUAGGAUACAUACAGGUAUUAAACCAUAUGUGUGCCACGUUUGCAAGAAAGCAUUUACAGGAAACAAUAACUUAAAAGUGCACAUGCGAAUACAUGGAGAAGACUUAAUAAAAAAGAAGAUAAAGGAAGACGUGAAUCAGGAAGAAUUUCAUAAAAACUUUUGUUAAUAAUUGUUAAUU